AUGUCGUCGCUUCGACAAAAAGGGCAGCAUCCAGGCUACGACACGGAGAAUUUGCUAAGGAUGGCUGAACAGCUGCCAUGUCGGGAGCCUCAAGCUAUCAUGCUACUGUCGCUCAUGGGCGAGCCUCAGCUGUACAGUGUUCCUUCAGUCUUCAUUUAUGGUCAUCGAGCCUCAGGGAAAAGUCACGUGGUGAGCAUUCUGUUGAAGGAACUGGAGCUCCCCAACCUCACCGUCAGCUGCGCCGAGUGCAUCUCCGUCGCCCUGCUCUUCGAGCAAGUCCUGCUGACCUUCUUCGGAGGAGAUGCCGCCGCCGAUCUGCCUCGCUACCCGUCGCUGUCUGAUUUCGUCCGCGUAUACAGGAAGCAUCGCUCUCUCUCUGCCGCUGAACAGACGCGCUACAUUGUGUUGGAAAAAGCAGAGCUUCUGCGUGACAUGGACGCUAAUCUGAUUUCGGUUCUCGUGCGUCUUCAAGAACUGGUGGAGGACAACGUGAGUGUUUUCCUUCUCAGCGAUAUCCCGUGGGACACCUUCCGGCCAAACACGGGCUGCUUGGAGCCUAUACAGCUCCACUUCCCCGAUUAUACCAGAGCGGAGCUUCACCAAAUAUUGUCCCGGGACAGCCACCCGUCCUACUCUGCCGACUUCUACGCCUCCUACAUCCACGUCCUGUUAGGCGUCUUCUACAUAGUCUGCAGGGACCUCCGAGAGCUACGCCACCUGGCUGCGCUCAACUUUGCCAAAUUCUGUGAGCCUGUGACUGAAGGGAAAGCAACCGAAAGCGACUCGCACAAGCUGUGGAGAAACAUCGAGCCUCAUCUGAAGAAAGCCAUGCAAACGGUUUACCUAAGGGAGGUAUCCAGCCUGGAGUGGGAGAAGAAUCAGCAAGUUGAGACGCCAACCGGCCCUUUAAGAGGUUUGUCGGCUCAUACCCACGUGGAAUUGCCGUUUUACUCCAAGUUCCUGCUUAUCGCCGCUUACCUGGCGUCCUACAAUCCCGCCCGCACUGACAAGCGCUUCUUCGUCAAGCAUCACGGCAAAAUCAAGAAAAGCAAAUUCCUGAAAGGGAAUGAAAAGACGAGCAACCACCUUCUGGGACCGAAACCUUUCCCGUUGGACCGCCUGCUCGCCAUCUUUUACAGCGUGGUGGACAGCAGGGUGGCGCCCACAGCUAGCAUCUUCUCUCAGAUUUCCUCGCUGGUCACCUUGCAGCUUUUAACUCAAGUCAGUCACGCCGACCAGCUGGACGCCCCAAAAUAUAAAUGCGCCGUCUCUUUGGACUUCAUUAGCGCUAUUUCCAGGACGGUGAAUUUCGAUAUUGUCAAGUAUCUUUACGACUUCUUAUGA